GUUGUGCUCAACUUAAGACCUGUGUUCCCACCGGAGAUCUCGGGAGAGAGAUUGAGAGAAAGGGGGAGACACACAACAACGGACUAACGAAAUUCCUCCUGUUUUUUUCUUCUUAUAAUUUUCCUUCAUUUUCUCGUUAACUUUCCCGGAAAAUUUCGCAGCUUCCCCUUUCACCUCUCCGUUUGUUUGUUAAUUAUAGAAUCCCCGUCUUCGGCCACAUGUCGGCCGGCUCUGCGGUCAACGCCUCGACCAUCGGCCAAUUACCGGCGGCUCCAACCACUACGCGGCGGCGCGUGGACGCCUCUGCGGCAGACCACUGCCACGUCAGCACCGGCGGCGGAUCGAACGCGGUGGUUUACGACGAGGAAGAGGGGACAAGUCCCGUGGGAUCGUGCUCCUCCACGGAAUCUCACCAUCACCACCACAGCCACAACCACCGUUUCCUCAUCGGAUUCCUCUCUUUCCGGAAAUUCCGUCUGGUUUGGAUGCUGAUGAUGGAGAACAGAGGACAAUGGACGGUCGCGAUGGCUCGAAACCUGAGAUCCCGGAUCAAUCCUGGCCGUGCGAUCCUCGCCCUCGUCGCCGUUCUUGCCGUCGCUUCCUUCUUCCUCUUCUUCGGUCUCUCCGGCGGCGGAGCUGGACGGCGCGUGGUGAGUCACGCGCUUGCUGGGUCGUCGGGGGGUUUGGUCGUGACGGUUCCUGGGGAGACGAAUUCUGCUCAGAACGUCGUCGUAGAUAAUAUCGCCACACCCGUUGUUCCUGAUAAAUUCCCGAUUCCAGAGGUUUGGCAGAAACCAGACAAGGGAAGUUAUGAACAAUGCAUAGCUCGGCCGAAGAAGAAUCAAAGAACUCCUCGAUCCACCACCAAUGGUUACCUUGUUGUUCACGCAAAUGGUGGUCUGAACCAGAUGAGAACUGGGAUAUGCGAUAUGGUUGCGGUGGCCAAGAUCAUGAACGCGACUCUUGUUCUUCCGUUUCUCGACCACACAUCGUUCUGGACAGAUCCGAGUACCUUCAAAGACAUUUUCGACUGGAGAUACUUCAUGGAAGCACUCAAAGGCGACGUCGAUAUCGUAGAAUACUUGCCACAGGAAUACGCUUCAAUAAAACCCGCCACAAUCGAUCCAGUCUCCUGGUCCAAGGCGAGUUAUUACAGAAACUCGGUCGCUCGGACACUGAAGAAGCAUAAGGUGGUUAAGUUUAUCCAUACGGAUUCUCGGAUGGCAAAUAACGGUAUCCCUCCUUCGAUCCAACGGCUGAGAUGCCGUGCAAACUACGAGGCUCUUCGGUAUGCCAAGGACAUAGAGGAUCUGAGCAAAGAUCUGAUAGAUCGGCUGAGAGGAAACAACGAACCCUACCUCGCCCUUCACCUCAGGUAUGAGAAAGAUAUGUUGGCAUUCACGGGUUGCAAUCACAGCCUAACCGUAGAAGAAUCAAUGGAGCUCGAGAGAAUGAGAUACGACAACCCACGUUGGAAGGACAAGGAAAUCAACGGCACGAAACAGCGUCUGGAAGGAGCUUGCCCCAUGACCCCACGAGAAGCCGCCUUCUUCCUCAAAGCCAUGGGUUUCCCUUCAACCACCACCAUCUACAUCGUAGCCGGCGAAAUCUACGGACAAGAUAGCAUGUCUCAGUUCUACAAAGAGUUCCCUAAUGUCUUCUCUCACUCGAACCUCGCCACCCCAGGAGAGCUCGGUCGUAUCAAGCCUUACCAGAACCGGCUUGCCGCUCUGGACUACACCUUGGCUAUGGAGAGUGAUGUUUUUGUUUAUACUUACGAUGGUAACAUGGCUAAAGCUGUUCAGGGUCACCGAAGAUUCGAGGGGUUUAGAAAGACUAUAAACCCCGACAGGUAUAAAUUCGUGAAGUUGAUCGAUCGGCUCGAUGCGGGGAACAUUUCGUGGGAAGAGUUCUCGUCCAAGGUCAAGAGAUUGCAUCAGAAUAGAGUAGGGACGCCGUAUCUGAGAAAGCCAGGCGCAAGCCCUAAGACAGAGGAGAACUUCUACGCGAAUCCUCUUCCGGGUUGCUUCUGCGACAGGUCUCAGGACCAGACCGGGCCUAACCGAUUCGAAAGACAGGGUGUACGAGCCAAUUCUCUGAGAUAACCGGUUCGGAAGUUCACAGUCAGAUAGAUAGAGGGUUCAAGAUUUUUUGGUAUAUAUAUAUAUAUGUACACAGGAGGCUCACACACGCAAAAGGAAAAGCUCAGCAGAAGCGUAGGGUGUUUGUUUUCCCUAUUUAGUUCAUUGUUCUUAGGCUUCUUUAUUGUUUUCAUAGUGCAGAUUCCAGAGUAUACAGAUAAGGUUUUUGAUUUGGAUGCUCGAACGUGAUUCUUUAGCUCAAUGAAAAAAGUAUCCAUC